AUGGCGCUGGAUAGCGCUCCUACGGUGCGCGUACCGCCAGGCUCUAUCCUACUGAAUAGGCGCGCACGCAAGCCUGCGUACCGUGGCGUAAGCAUCUUGCAGCCGCCGGAUGGUGGCGGUGGCGGCUCGCCUUGCCACACAUGGGUCGUGCUUCCUCAGGCCGAUGUAUUUGCCUCUGCCCUGUAUCCGCUCUCGUCCCACCCGCACCUGUAUCUCACACUCAGCAUGCCGCCAUGCUCGAAAUGGCGUAAGCGUCGUACGCGUACGAUCCAGCGGCGGAGUAGCAAGGACCAAGAUGCGCCGAUGGACCCGCUGGAGCUGGCUGAUCUCAACUCUAUUAUCAAUACACGCAAGAGCAUGGCAUCUGCCGAGGCUCUUGCGAAGCAGGAGACGGAUGCUGCGCGGCCUACGCCGGCUCAUGCGUCACGACUGGUCAAGUUUGCGCCGCUACCUCAAGUCGAGGAGGACAUGGACGAGGACGACGAUGCCUCAUCAUACGAUACGCCCAGUGAGCGGACGCUUCAUCGAUACCUGUCUGUCCCCCGCCGCGAUCGACUCUCUGAUGCUGAGAGCGAGAUGCGGGGCCGCUCGCUCGUGCGGUCCUGGUCGCCCUUUCGACGCCACUCGAACGAUGCCAUGUCACGUUCGCCGUCGCCGACACGCGUCACAUUUGCGGAGGAGCGGAAUCGUUGCCGCGAGCUGGUGCGUGCGACGCGCCCUGGAGGCACAGGGAUGGUGACACUCCUAGAUGGCCAGCGCAUUCCUGCACGGCAGGUCGGUGAGGCGCCCGGGGAUAGUCUGUCGCCUGAUCUAUGGGGUUUUGCGGCCCUGGAGCGACGCCGCACGUCGCCCAAGACCAAGUCGGAGCAGGCCGAAGAGGUCCAGCGGCGGUACCAGCAGGAGAUGGCGGCGCUUGGUGCCGAGGUGCUUUCGCACGUCCGCGGAAAGGCGACGCGCCUUCGGCGCUCGCAAUCGUUGCCGCCAUCGACGUCGCAGCGCAUCCGAGUGGAUCCGACGGUCAGUAUUCCGUCGCCGUCGCCACGUCUGCCUCGGCGGCCUGAUGCUAGAGGCAUUGCCGUUGUGCCGCUGCCCGAGCUGGGUCUGCGGCCUCGAUACCCCCGUGAAGGCCGCUCGUGUGUGUCUGACUUGCUAGAUGAUGAUGACGACGACGAGGAUGAGCAGGAGGAGGAGCCAAAGCCGGCUCGCCGACGAGCUACGACGCAGGCGGCCGGGCAGGAAGUGUACAUGAGCCACAAGCCACGGAAAGACGAGUGGGAUGAUGAGUACUGGCCGAAACCGAGUGCGACUCGCCACAUUAGGACGGGGAUGCAUGGUACAUAG